GUGUUCAAGGCAUUGAAAAUUGUAUUUUAUUAUUUAUAUUAAAGGGGAAAAAGGACAUAUUCUUCCUUUUUGCUCCAAUUUUUUUCCUAUUGAAAUGAAAAUUUUCCUUCCCAUGAGCUUUGCCAAGAAAAUGUUUUCUUUUGUAGUUUUCAAGGAAAAUUUUCUUUGAUUUUCUUUUCCCAAAAAAAAAAUAAAAUUUUGCAAGAGAUGUAUAUAUAUAAGUCAAUAAAAUGUUUUAUUUUGUAGUUUCCAAAGAAAAUUUUCUUUGAGUUUUUUUUCCCUAAAAAUAAUCCAGAAAAAUAAAUUUUGAAGGAGAUAUAUUAUAAGUCAAGAAAAUGUGUUCUUUUGUAGUUUUCAAAGAGAAUAUUCUUUGAGUUUUUUUACCCUUUACAAAAAGAAUUAAAAAAAAUUAAUUUUGGAAAAUAUAUUUAGCUUUUUUUUAAAAAAUAGAAAAAUAAAUGGAUAAUUCAUCAUUUGGAGCUGGAAUUUGUGCUGUUUUUGCAGUUUCUGGAGGUGUUGUCCUUAUUGCAUCUAAAGUUCAUAAACACCUCCUUUCUGAUUUCAUGAAGAAGAUUGAGUUUGAAAUUAGCCUAGAGAAAGACCAACAAAAGAAGAAGGUGAGGUUUUCCAAUGAAGUUAUAAAAUUGGGGCCUCAAUUAAAGAAAGUUGAAGAUCAUAAUAAUCCAAAGAAAAGGAAUAAUCCAAAGGACUUUGAAUCUAUGCCUUUGAAUUGGCAAGCUCUUUACAAAGGGAUCCUUCAACACAAGUCCCUCAAACAUUACAACUAAAUUCAAUUUUCAAUUUUUGUAAUAUUAUUAUUAUUAUUAUUUAAAAAUUGUGUUUUAUGUGAGUCUCACAAAAUUUUAGAAUUUAUUUAUGUAAAUUUUUAAGGUAAAUAAAGGGGAAAAUACACAAGUAUCCCCUAGAUUAUGACUGAAAUUUUAGAGACACGUCUUAAUUAAAUUAAGGUUCUGUUACCCCCCUGAA